CCGCACGUGCAUAUAGGAUAAUGAAACUGUAAAUUGAGAAGAAGAAUAAAAAAAAGUCCCUCUUCUUCAUCACCUCCUUUCCUCCUACAAACCAAAGCUACAAUCCAUGAAAAAGCCUGCAUAUUUUCAUCUUCCCCCUUCUUCCCAAAUCAAACUUAAUUAAUUUACUCCAUAAUAUUAGUUCCCCCUUUUCUUUUGGGGAAGAACAAUAAUUUAAAUUGCAGUAAAAAUUCUCAAAUGAAGUAUGUAAAGAUAAUAGCUUUAUUAGAUUUAGAAAAUACCAAAAUCUCAGCUUCAGAUGGAACACAAUGAUCACACUGCUACCACCACUUUCAAGUUUAGGGUUGUCAUUGCUGUUAGAUGUGACCUAAUUGGGAUUAAUUAUGACGAAGGAUUAUUACAAGAUUUUGGAAGUUGAAUACGAUGCAACUGACGAGGAUAUACGAUUAAGUUAUCGAAAGCUCGCUUUGAAAUGGCACCCGGACAAACACAAGGACGAUAGUGUUGUUACCGCCAAAUUUCAAGAUAUUAAUGAAGCUUAUAGAGUAUUGAGUGAUCCUGGAACACGGCUUGAAUAUGAUCUAAGUGGGGAUUAUGAGAUUGACAAGUACUCUUUGCCGGAAUAUCUUGCCAGGUUCAAAGGAAUGAUACUCACCUGCAAUGGUCUUGGCAUCAAUCACUCUUCUCUUUGGACUCAUUCUCACCACCUCAAGGAAGCAAAUGAUUGUGAAGACGAGUAAAGUUUGAGCGUCAAACUACAAUUUUAACGAGUAUGAUCCCCUGUGAUUAGCCGAUACUUAGGUAAGGGAGGGCGGGAAAAAGGACCAAGUUGUUGUUGUACAACAGUGUAGAGAAUCCGAGAAUGAUUAUACGAGUAUUAUAGCAUUUGAGGGUUAUUAUGUUACAAACACAUGCAUGUUAAGGAUUGAACUGGCUUUAGAGUAGUAAUGCCAAAGUUCAGUAAUUGCUUUAUCAAUAGAAAAAGAAUCCAUUCUGUCUUAACAAA